AUGGAUCGAAGAAAGAUUUUGUUGAUCUUAUUGUUGGAGUUGUGGCAUUUAGAGACAACGUGUGCUUGCACUAUUCUUGUGUUGAUGAUGCUUAAAUUGAGAAGGAGACAUAUUGAAAGGCGCUCUUUGAAUAAUCGUUCAUUGGUUAGACGUGAGACUCGUUUGCGUUAUCUUGAUAGUAUAAUAGGAAAUAGUGACAUAAAAUGUGUCAACGAACUUAGAAUGGAUAGAAGGACUUUUGGUCUAUUAUGCGAUUUACUUCGCCAAGAUGGAAGGGUAAAAAAUGAUGGUUUGGUAUCUUUGGAGGAGCAAGUAUGUGUGUUCUUACAUGUACUUCCACAUCAUGUUAAGAACCGUGCUAUUGGUAGUAGAUUUUUCCGGUCAGGAGAAACCAUUAGUAGGUAUUUUAAUUCCGUCUUGCAAGGAGUUUUGCGAUUACAAGACAUCCUACUAAAAGUCCCGGACCCUGUGCGUGAUAAUUGUGAGGAUUCUAGGUGGAGAAGGUUUAAGAAUUGCUUGGGAGCAUUAGAUGGGACUUAUAUUAAAGUGCGUGUAGCCGAAAUUGACAAGCCAAGAUACCGAACAAGAAAAGGUGAAAUUCGUUAUUUUGGCUUGAUAAAAGCUAGGUGGGGCAUACUUAGGAGUCCAUCUUUCUAUCCAAUAAAGACCCAAUGUCAAAUAAUCACAGCUUGUUGCCUUCUACAUAAUCUCAUUAGGAGGGAGAUGUCCAUAGAUCCAAUAGAGCAUGAAAUAAAUGAACUUGAAGAUGGAGAAAACAUGGUAGAAGGAAUGGAAAGUGGUACUGUUCACAAUUCUAAAUCAUCAAUGAAGAAAGAAACGAGGCGUAAAUGGCUUCCAUUUGAAGAAGAUGCAUUGUUAACUAUCCUUGAGGAUUUUGUUACUCGAGGUCAUCGAUGUGAUACAGAAUUUGGAAAAAUAAUGCAAAUGGUAACUGAGGCAAUAGUGAAAGGUAAUGAAGAUCGUAGUGAAAUUGCCAAAAUGCUCAAGGACAUGGGUCUUUCUCCUAUGGAUCAAAUUGAUGCAUUGACUCUCAUUUUGGAGAAACCACAAACUGUGGCAGUGUUUCAGUCAUUAGAUGAUGAUGUCAAAGAAGUGUUUGUUCAAAAAUUGCUUAAUGACCAUGCUAGAGGAUGA